AUGUGGAAGCUAACUGGAGAUGGCGAAUUCCAGAAUGUGUCUCUUCCUGGCACUGUACCAGGCAUAGAAUUUUCAGCCCCCAAAGAUUUUCAGUUUUUUCAGUCUUCAGAAUCUGCUUUUAAUCAGAUUAUUGAAGCAUUGAAAAAUGACGAAACUCGUAUAAUUGGAUUGUAUGGAAUGGGUGGAGUUGGCAAGACAACAUUGGCUAAAGCGGUGGGAAAUAAACUCAACAAAGAGAUUUUUGAUGAAGUUGUAAUGGUUUUUACAUCUCAAACUCCAGACUUCAGAAAAAUUCAUGAUGAACUUGCAGACUUGUCAGAUUUGAAAUUCAGGGAAGAAAGUGAAGUGGGAAGAGUAAAGCAGUUAUACUUGAGAUUUACGAAGACCGAUCAAAAGACCAUCGUAAUCAUGGACGAUGUUUGGGUAGUGUUUGAUUUGAAAGAAGAAAUAGGAAUACCCUUUGGUUAUGAUCAUAAGGGUUGCAAAAUUCGUCAGCUGAUGAUUCAACUAAAUGUUUGGAAUGGAAGGGAAGGACUGACUUUACUCAAGAAACAUGCAAGUAUAGGUGAUGACCACGCUGCAUUGAAUGAUGUGGCUGUUGAAGUAUUGGACAUGCUAUGA